AUGGAAUCUAAGCUGAUAGCCUUGGACAAAUGUUGUGAAGAGGCUGAAUGGCUACGCCAUUUUCUAGAAGAUAUUCCUAAUUGGGAAAGACCUGUACCUCCAAUUUGUGUGCAUUGUGAUAGUCAAGCCACACUUGGACGAGUACGGAGUCAUAUGUAUAAUGGUUGCAGUGAUGACACUAGUGUGGAGAGUUCUGAGGUAGGUGAAGUGACAAUUGUGGAGGAUAAUUCAAGCAAGAAGGAAGGUAGAGGAAGGCGUCCUGUUCCAUCAACGUUAAGCAGGGAGGUUAUUUCCAGCUAUUUCCACAUGCCAGUUUGUCAAGCUGCGGAGGAGUUAGGGAUAGGGGAAACGACGCUCAAGGAAAGGUGUAGGAAAGUGGGAAUCCCUCGGUGGCCCCAUCGAAAAUUAAAGAGCUUGGAAGCCCUAAUGAAAAAUGUGCAGGAUUUUGAAGAAAAUCCGAAGGAUGCUUUGACAAGGGCGACUAUAGGGGUUUUGAAAAAUAGGCAUAAGCUACUGUCUGACAUGCCGGGUUCGAACUUAGAUCCCGAGACCCUGUGUUUGAGGAAUGCCUACUUCAAGUUAAAUUACUUGAAGAGAAAGCUUAGAAGAGCGAUGAUAUCCUCAUCUCCUUCUGUAAGCUCCCCUUGGACUCCCAUUUCUACCGCAUGUAUUGGUACGGAGGGCGACGAGGAGGAUAUGGAUAUCCCCCUGAAAGAACUUUUGAGAAGGUCGAAGGCGAGCCCCCCCUCCUUCGUGAAUGUUGUGACCCCGGUGAUGAUUGAAGGUGUACCCCCCAAUGGAUAA